CCCCAAACCAAGUAGCCUUCAGAAGAAUCACCGGAACCACUUUUCCAUUCAUAUCAGGCCAGCAAGAACGAAUCCCUUUUCCAAAAACCACUUCACACAUUCAGGAGAGGACUGAAGGACAGGGAUGGCUACACGAACGGAUGAUGUCAUGCAUCUGUGCUGUGAAAUGUCAGCACAGAUCAAGCUGACAUGGACAAGCUCCAUCAAUGCAGGGCUGAUAACAGGAGGAGCAGUCGUUGUAGGUGGACUCCUCUUUGGACCUGUAGGCAUUCUUUUGGGUGCAAUAGGAGGCGGUGUGGCGGGCUGGCUGACAAGUCCAAACUUCAAGUCCGUGCCUCAGAUCCUGAUGGAGUCCACACCUGAGCAGAAGAGGCGGCUCUAUGAAGAUGUUAUGGCCGCCUUAGGCAACCUGACCUGGAGGGAUGCAGCACAUCUCCUUGCCAUCGUGAUGAACAACCCCACUCUCAAGAAUAAGGUCACGGCUGUGGUGAUGAACCAUAUCAAAAAUAUAAACAAGUAACAAGUCUGUCGCAAACCUAAAAAGAAGACAAUUGAGUCACAGAAACCUAUCUUUGUCACUCAAUAAUGUAUUGAAAGUGACCGAAUUAUACAAAUAAUGUUACAUUUCUUAAGACGUGCCAGUUAUUUACUCAUUCUGGAUGAGAGCAUAAUCUGUACAUUCCUACAGUCUGUUGGGGUGUUUUUAAUACAUAUUUGCUUAUGAAUUUCAGAUAAAAUAAAAAUUGAAAGUUGC